UUUUUUCUUCAUUGUUUCUCCGAUUCCGAUUACCAUUUUCUUGCGCAAACAAAAGCAGAUAAAAAAACUCACAAACUAACAGCACUAAUCAUGGAUCCUGCGAAGACGAUUCCACUGGAAGGCCGCGGCGAUGAUUUGCUGCGUUUUGGUAUCCACGGCGUCAAGAGCGAUAUCAUCGAACCCCACCCUCUUCAAUCUGCCCGACGCUCUGCAAAGCAAACGCAAGAAGAGACGAAGAAGAAAAUUUUGGCGAAUACUUACGGUUCAGCAUUUCCGAUGAAGAUGGAGAUGGAUCGUCAGAUUCUCGCCAAAUUUCAAAGGCCUCCUGGUGCAGUACCCUCCUCGUUUGUAGGUCUAGAGGCCUUUACUGGAACUAUGGAAGAGUUUGGUUUUGAAGAUUAUCUUAACGAUCCUAGGGAGUCUGAAUCAUAUCGUCCAGUUGAUCUGCAUCAUGGUAUGGAAGUUCGUCUUGGUCUGUCGAAAGGACCGCCUUGCCCCAGUUUCAUGUGAAGCAUCAAUUGAUUUCUAGGGUGAAUAGGCUUUUACUUGGUGUAUUGAUGCUUCUUUGUCCACUUAAAAGGCUCAAGAUAGACUGUUCUUCUGUGAGUCGUCAUUGUUCCUCCUUUGCUUGAAGUUACUCUCUUCGUUUCUCAUCUUCCUGCUGUUAAAAUUCAUGAUUCGCUACGAGUAUCACAUGUUCUUUCAAUA